AUUUUUUGAAAACAGUAAACAAAAAAAAUUGAGCGGUUGAAAGAAUUAAAAUCAUUAAAUUUAAAGCUAUUUCUAAGCUAAUAAGCCUUAAUUAUAAUCUAUAAUAACAUAUAAGUCAAAAUAAUGUAUAUCAAAUCGAUAGUCAUUGAUGGAUUCAAGUCUUAUGGACGAAGAACAGAAGUUAAUGGAUUCGAUAAAGAAUUCAAUGCCAUUACUGGAUUAAACGGAACUGGCAAGUCGAAUAUCCUCGACAGUAUAUGCUUUGUUCUUGGAAUAUCCAAUCUAUCUCAUGUUCGCGCUAAUUCCCUUCAAGAUCUCGUCUACAAAAGUGGUCAGGCUGGAGUGACAAAAGCAACGGUUACAAUAAAUUUUGAUAACAGCAACAAGAAUCAGUGUCCAAUUGGAUAUGAAAAUUGUAAGGAAAUUGCAGUUUCACGUCAAAUUGUCGUUGGUGGAAAGGGAAAGUACAUGAUUAACGGGAAGAAUGCACAAUACAAGCAAAUUCAGGAUCUAUUUUGUUCCGUACAAUUGAAUGUCAAUAAUCCAAACUUCCUCAUCAUGCAAGGACGAAUUACGAAAGUUUUAAACAUGAAACCACCAGAAAUUCUAUCAAUGAUUGAAGAAGCUGCAGGCACAAGCAUGUACGAGUCAAAGAGAGAAAAAUCUAUGGCUUUAAUCCAAAAGAAGGAUGCAAAACUCGAUGAACUUAAUUCAUUGAUUAAAGACGACAUCCAACCUAAAUUGGAUAAGCUACGUAAAGAUCAGCAGCAAUAUAUUGAGUAUCAGAAAGUUUGUCGGGAUGUUGAGUAUCUUACAAGAAUCCACAUAUCCUACAAAUAUCUCCAGUGCCGUAAAAAUAUCGAGAAUUGUGAAUCGAACAUCCAAAAACUUACUGAUGGCAUUGAAAACAACAAGAUGACAAUUGAGAAGGAUAACGAAGAGAUUAAAGAGAUUGAAAUUAAAGUUCAAGAGAUCCAGGAAGCACUUGAAAAUCAAUCUGGAAGCGAUUUAAAAGAACUCGAAAAGGAAUUAGAAGGUCUAAAUCAUCAAGAUGCCAAACUUAAAGCCACAAUCAGUGCAACUCAAGAGGAAAUGAAAAGCGAAGAACGCAAACUUAAAACUCUUGAAAAAAACAUCAAAAUUGACGAAACUGCUCUCGAAAAGAAAGAAAAUGAGAUGGGACAGAUGUGCGGCACAUUUGAGGAACUAAAACAAGGUGAAGCUAAUGACUUGAAAGCAUUCCAAGAUGCACAAAAACGUCUCGAAGCUGUAAACAUGGGUUUGGCUAUUAAUGACGAUGGAGAAGCUACAUCUCUACAGGAUCAGUUGACUAAUGCCAAUUCGAAAAUCGCCGAUGCCAAAAGUACAAUAAAGAAGAGUGAAAUGGAAUUGAAAUAUUCCAAACAAACAUUGCAAAAGAAGGAAAAGGAAGUAAAGACAAGUGACACAUCGUACAUUAAGGAUCAGGAAGUUAUCAACAAUACAGAUAAAGAAAUCAAGAAUCUAGAAAAUCAAAUGAAGAAAAUAACAUAUCAAGAUGGUGAAAUUGAGGCACUAAUGGAAAAGAAGGACGAAUUAACUCGAGAAUGCAGAGCAAUUCGCCAAAAUAUUGAUCGUCAAAAUGGAACUAAAUUUGAGUUCCAAUACAAUGAUCCAAUUCCAAAUUGGGAUAAAAAUCGUGUCAAAGGACUUGUAGCUAAUUGCAUUCGUGUUAAAGACCAAAAAUACUCACGUGCAUUGUCAAGCAUGAUUGGAGGAAGUUGGAGAAAUGUUAUAACUGAUAACGAUGAAACUGGCAAGUUGUUGCUGGAACGAGGAAAUUUAGUCAAUCGUGUCACAAUCAUUCCAUUAAAUAAGAUUACAGCACGUACAAUUGACAAUCAUACAGUUAAUUUAGCACAAAAGUUGGUCGGCAAAGAAAAUGCAAUUCCAGCAAUUGACUUGAUUGAGUAUGACAAGGAAGUUGAGCCUGCAAUGAGAUAUCUUUUUGGAAGUGCCUUCAUCUGUAAAGACAUGGAAUCAGCUAAGAAAGUCACAUAUCAUCGAGAUAUAUCCAGACAAUGCUAUACACUCGAUGGUGAUGAAAUGUCACCAAGUGGAGCAUUAUCAGGAGGUGCUGUAGCUGUUGGUCCACCAAUCUUAGAGGAAGUAACUCGAAUCAAUCAGUUUAAGAAUGAGCUUAACAUAAAAUUGAGAGAAAUUAAUGAAAUUUCGAGAAAAAUUGAAAGUAUCCAAAAUGUAGCAAUGCAGUACAGAAAUACUAAAGAGAAACUUGAAACUCUUCAAAUUCAAAUGAGAACAGUCCAAGAGAGAAUCCAAUCCACAGCAUUCCAACAAGAUAAAAACGAAAUUGAUGAUUUAAAGAUAAAAAUUGAGACAUUAACAAAAACAAUCGAAGAAUGUCAAACUACACUCGUCACUAAUCAAAAUAAAGUCAAGGAUUUGACCGAAAAACUAGCAGAUUCUAAAGGACAUCGUGAACGGGAAUUAAAAAGUGCCGAAACUGAACUAAAAAGAGCAAAAUUAAAGCAUGAACAGUCACAGAAAAAUUGGAAGAAACGUGAGCAACAAUAUGAGACAAUGAAGCUUGAAAUUGAGGAAUUAAAGAAGACAAUUGCUGAAGGUAAAGAACAAGUCAUUCAAAUGGAGAAAAAUAUCGAAGAAUUCCAGAAGAAAAUCAAUGAAAAUAGCAACAAUGAUGGUGAUUUAAAGGCACGAACAGAAGAAUUAAAAGCACAGAUUAAAGCACAUAAGGACAGCAUAACAGCACAAAACAAAGAGGUUCGCACCAAGACCCAUAGAAAAGAAAAAUUACUAAAACAAAUCCAAGAACUGGAACUGGACAUAAAAAAGAAGGAAAAUGAAAUUGUUAAAGUAAGAGCUGAUAAUACUGAUGGAUAUAACAAGAUUGCAGCAUUAGAAGAGAAAUAUACAUGGAUACCAGAAGAUAAAGAUCAUUUUGGAGCUAGAAACACGAGAUAUGAUUACAGUAAGGAAGAUCCACAACAAGCUGGACAGAAACUUCAAAAACUUCAAGAAAAUAAAGAAAAAUUGAGCAGAAAUAUCAAUCAGGAAGCUAUGAUGCUGUUAGAGAAAGAAGAAGAGCACUAUAAAAAGAUUAUGGACCGUCGAUCGAAAGUUGAGGAUGACAAGAAGAAAAUUUUGGACAGCAUCAAAAAUAUGGACACAAAGAAAGUCGAGAAUCUCAAAAAAGCAUGGGAAGUUGUUAAUCAAAAUUUCGGUUCCAUAUUCACGACUUUACUGCCUGGCGCACAAGCGAAAUUAGAUCCACCAGAAGGACACAACUUCCUUAAGGGCUUAGAAGUUAAAGUUGGAUUUAAUGGCAUUUGGAAAGAAUCAUUGACAGAACUAAGUGGUGGUCAAAGAUCUCUCGUUGCCUUAUCUUUAAUUUUAGCUAUGCUUAAGUACAAACCUGCACCACUUUACAUCCUCGAUGAAGUCGAUGCAGCCUUAGACUUGUCACAUACUCAAAAUAUUGGUGGAAUGUUGAAGGCUCAUUUUAAGAAUUCUCAAUUCGUAAUUGUGUCACUUAAGGAUGGAAUGUUUAACAAUGCUAAUGUCUUGUUCCGAACGAAGUUUGUCGAUGGCGUUUCUGGAGUUAUGAGAACGGUUAAUAAGAGUUAAAAUUUAAGAUUUUUUAAUUGCUUUUACUUUUUUUUUAUCGAUUAAGACUAUGAAAGCUUCCGAAAAGAGGAUUAUGGAACGGAAAUUUCCGAACUUUAGUUCCACUGAGAU